GCUCCGGGUAUUGCUGGCUUAAUGGCGUGGGAAAGCUUUUCCACGUGGGCUCGUGCUCUUCAAUUGGAGGGUGUGGCGGCGCAAGUCGCGGGGUUGGGCAGAAGACGUUGCACCCAACUCCGAAUUCAGCGGGCGGCGAAGAAGGCUUGCGGGCUUGCGGGUCCGGGACACCCGGGAUGCCGUGGAGGAGGAGCCCCAGCAGCGGGAGGAGGACCCAGUUUAGCAAGCAGCAUAGAAGGAGAUGGAGAGGCGGAAGGCUCCGCCACCAACUCCAACACGGUGGUGCGGACGCGGUGGGAUCGGGCAUCACGGCGGGACUUUUUGUGCGAGUAUUUACGCUGCACCCUCGCGGCUCUGUGGCGAUAG